CAUUUACAACACAUUCAUUCACGUGAGAGAACUCUGCGAACUUCUCCAUUGCCAAGUUAACAUUAUUUGAAAACAUUUGGAAAAGAACAAACAAACGUCAAAAGUUUUGCCCAAAGUUUUAUUUUACAAUUAUUUGUUUUAUCACCAUGGGCUUUUUGAUUGCUCUUUUCGGUGUGACAGUUGCUCUGAGUCAAAUGUUUGGAAGAUAUACUGUAAAUGCGGGGAUGUGUUGGCUGCAGCAGAGCCAAGAGCAGCGCUGUGACAUGAUGCUGAUGCGUGGGGUCAGCAGGGAGGAAUGCUGCUCCGGGGGCCGUCUAGACACGGCCUGGUCCAACACUAGUCUGCCUAUCAAUGAGGUCAGCCUGCUGGGCUUCCUGGGAAUUGUGUCCUGCAAACCCUGCAAAGAGACCUGUGAUGGUGUGAACUGCGGCCCAGGGAAGGUGUGUACGUUGAAGGCUGGACGUCCUCAGUGUGUGUGCUCUCCCGACUGCACUAACAUCUCCAAAAAGCAUGCUGUGUGUGGCAGCGAUGGGAACUCCUAUCGGGACGAGUGUGUCCUCCUGAUGGCCCGCUGUAAGGGACACCCUGAUCUGGAGGUCAUGUACCAGGGAGAAUGCAAAAAGUCUUGCUCCAAUGUGGUGUGCCCAGGUACCCACACCUGUGUGACAGAUCAGACUAACAGUGCCCACUGUGUCAUGUGCCGCACAACCCCCUGCCCAAUACCGCUGAAGUCCGAGGUGCCUAUCUGUGGCAACGACAACAUCACCUACCCCAGCGCCUGCCACCUCCGCAGAGCCACCUGCUUCCUGGGGCGCUCCAUAGGAGUGCGUCACUAUGGCAACUGCUCUAGUGUUCCAAGAAACACUCUGGCUUUGGAGGCCAGUGAGGAGAAUUCACUCUAAAGGGACAGUUCUUGUGUGGUCCAACUGGUACUUCAGUCCACCUGGCACUAGACUUAGCUUAGUCCACCCGGUACGAAGAUUUCCAAGAGAUCACCUUCGAUACGUGAACCAACAUUGUCCCGAUGUUCACUCACCAAGUUCUGAUUUAUGUUGACUACUUUUUUUACAAUCACUUAUCCCCUCCAUCCCUACCCCCUGUACAUAGAACAAUGAUACAUUUGAUGUGGGGGGACCCGUUGGAAGUAGCAGUUUGUUCUUCCAAAAGGAAACCAAUACUGUAUUUGUUGAUGCAUGCAAUGUAUGUUAAAUAGGAUGAUUUGCUCAUGAAACUGUGGAGAAAUAUGUAGGGAGCUUUAAGUAUAGGAAAAUAUGUGUAUAUUGUAAAUAAAUACUGCUACUAUUUAUUGAAGAAGGUAUCAAAUCUGUUCUAUUUAUGUUUUGACCCUGUAUACAAAUCCAUAUAUCAAUAGGUCAGCUGUAUUUAUUGUAUUUGGUUUUAAGCUACAUGUAUUUGGUUUUAAGGUACAUAUAUUUGGUUUUAAGGUACAUGUAUUUGGUUUUAAGGUACAUGUAUUUGGUUUUAAGCUACAUGUAUUUGGUUUUAAGGUACAUGUAUUUGAAUGGCCACUGGCAUUCUUUUAUUUUGGCAAGUUGUUUAUAUUUUUGUGUAUUUUUCAUAUCCCUAAAUAAAGUGCUUUGUCCCCUUAAAAGCAGCAUGACAAAAAAAACUCAAUUUGUUUGGAUACUGGAUACCACAUUUAGAGGAUGACAAUAUAUAUUGUUUCAAUUCACUCUAAGCAAAACGGGGUAACUGCUGUCUGUAUUUCAGUGUUGUUUGGAGGUGAUGAGAGACUUAGCCAAAACAAAAGUGCACAGUAUGUCUCCUCUCACUUGGCUUGCACAGAGUACGAAACUGUUUACGCUGGAGCCCAAUAAAAUGUAUAAGCCUCCCACUGAUCACUCAAAUUAACAGUUUAGUUCAGUGUGCAGCAAUUUUAUUAGACUGUUGGUUCAACUCCAAGCCUUUACAAUACCUCCACUGUUGAAGUCUUGGCUUUGUUUAUUUUGUAUGUUUGUGGGUAAUAUGAGUCCAAUAUAAUUCCAUUCGGGUUGUUGAAUACACCGUAAUAUAGUGUAACUGCAAAAUCUGACAAAUGUUGUUAGCCUUAUCAAAUUGAAAACAUCAUAAUGCCAAAUGACAUUAAUUUACUCAAAGUUAACUCACCGGAUCCCCAGGCUGUGCAGCCGAAUCUAUCUGUUCAACGUUUAAGUACUAGUGGCCAUUUGAACCAAAUGGGCAGAUAGCUAUUUGCAAAUAGCUAUUGGUUAUUGUGAUGUGAAUGAAUAGUGCUGCACACC